AUGAUGAUUUAUGCACAGAGAGAACCACUAGCAGAAUUAUGGAAUACAAGCAAUGAUCAAAUACCUGUGCUAUUGGCUAUUGAGGCGAAUUUAACCAUGGUGGACGAAAUCCUAAAGCCAUUAUUAGAAGUACAUAGCACAAGUUUUGGAGGAACUUACAUAAAUGUAAUAAUGAAUCGUAUAAUUAUUAAUACAGUAGACUACACUAAGGUUGAUAUCAUAAAAUCUGGAAUGGAAUCUUGUAAACAUUUAUUUAUUUUUAAAAAUGUAACUAAUUCCUUAACUACAUUAAGAAACUCGUUUGACCAAAUAUCAAAACGAGCUAAAAGCUUAAGACCCUUAUCCAUUGCAUGUUUUAUUGAUGUGGAACUUAAUAAUAUUGUUUUAUAUUUAUGGAGGGUUAAUAAUCAACAAAAUAGAGAGUUUUUAGAGGCCAUUGAACCAUAUAACGUAACUAAAAGGUUUUUUGAUCAACCUAGUGGUUCGCCUCCUGAUACUGAUACUGAUGUAGAUGAUCUAACGAUAAGAGAUAUAACCACUCCAAUCUUGGGUGGAGAUGGAAUAAUUAAUCGAGACGAAAAUAAACAAUGUUCAGUAGGUUAUUGGGCAAAAUCGAAAGAUUUAAAAACUAAUUACGUUUACAUCCAACCCUCUAAUUGGGUUUAUGAUGAAAAACAGUUUUCAACCGUUCGACGAACUGAAAACUUCAAACUAGUAACGGCUAUAAGGAAUGUAGAUUCUGAAAAUGAUGAGCUGAUUAUUUACGAUGACAAAGCUGUAUCCAGUUAUGGUGCUCAUAUAUGUAAGUCUGGCUACACUACACAUGUUACUUGUGGAUUCAUAAAAGGGUUCAACGGAAUUUAUACGAAUUUAAAAAAUCAAUUUAAAUCUCAAAUUAUUUUUUCAACCGCGAAAGUUAGUAGAGGUGACAGUGGAGGGAGUGUAUUUUCUUAUAAACAAAAUUUGCGACAUGUGAGCCUAAAUGGCAUAACCAUUAUGGGAGUUGAAGUUCUUGGGAGUUUAAAUGAUUAUAUUCAUGGAUAUCUACCAAUAAAAACAAUUUCUAAAGAAUUUCAAUUAAUACCUGUCUUGGCCGGUGAUUCUGAUAGCACCAGCACUAAUUAA